AUGUGGCAACGGAUCAUUGCCUUGAGCUUAAGCUCAUGGCUGCUACAGCCACCGAUUGCUCUGCAUAUUCGCCGAGUAUCCACUGUCUCGGUCAUAAAUUGGUUCGUUUCCUCUCUGAAACUCCAUGGAACAAAUCUCAAAACAUUGAAGCAAGCUCAUUGUUCCAUGAUCAUAACUGGUUUAAACAGAGACAAUCUCAUCGUUGCCAAAUUCGUCGAGGCAUGUUCCAAUGCUGGAGAUCUCAAAUAUGCUUACUCUGUAUUUACCCACCAGCCAUUACCCAAUACUUAUCUCUGUAACACCAUGAUCAGAGCUUUGUCUCUCGUCGACGAACCCAAUGCAAACUCAACUGCGGUUUUAGUUUACAGAAAGUUCUGGGCUUUAUGUUCGAAGCCUGACACGUUUACUUUCCCUUUUGUGUUGAAGAUUGUUGUUCGGUUAUGUGAUGUUUUGUUUGGGAGACAGGUUCAUGGCCAAACGGUGGUUUUCGGAUUUGAUUCUAGUGUCCAUGUUGUUACAGGUUUGAUUCAGAUGUAUUCUUCGUGUGGCGGUUUGGGAGAUGCACGUAAGGUGUUCGAUGAAAUGCGUGUUAGAGACGUGACUGUUUGGAAUGCCUUAUUAGCAGGGUAUGGAAAAGUUGGUGAGAUGGAUGAAGCAAUGGGUUUGCUGGAGAUGAUGCCUUGUUGGGUAAGGAAUGCGGUUUCUUGGACUUGUGUGAUCUCGGGAUACGCUAAGAGUGGACGAGCGAGCGAAGCCCUUGAAGUGUUUCAGAGAAUGCUGAUGGAGAAUGUUGAGCCCGAUGAAGUUACGCUUUUGGCAGCACUCUCAGCUUGUGCUGAUCUUGGUUCACUUGAAUUGGGUGAAAGAAUAUGUAACUAUGUUGAUCAGAGAGGGAUGAAGAGAGCGGUUUCAUUGAACAACGCGGUCAUCGAUAUGUAUGCAAAAUCAGGGAAUAUAACAAAGGCAUUGGAGGAGUUUGAGAGUUUUAAUGAGAGAAAUGUGGUUACUUGGACUACUAUAAUUACUGGACUGGCUACUCACGGGCUCGGAGUUCAAGCCUUGGAGAUGUUUAACCGUAUGGUUAAAGCUGGCGGGAAACCAAACAAUGUUACUUUCAUUGCAAUCCUUUCAGCUUGCAGCCAUGUCGGUUUGGUUGAUCUUGGGAAAUGUUUGUUUAGCUCAAUGAGAUCGAAAUACGGAAUUCAUCCGAACAUUGAGCAUUACGGCUGCUUGAUUGAUUUGUUAGGACGAGCAGGUAAACUCCGAGAAGCGGAAAAAAUUAUUCGAAGCAUGCCCUUUGAGGCUAAUGCUGCAAUAUGGGGAUCUCUUCUUGCUGCUUCGAAUGUUCAUCAUGAUCUUGAGCUUGGAGAAAGAGCUUUAAAUCAGCUGAUUAAGAUAGAACCGAAUAAUAGCGGUAACUACAUGCUUUUAGCGAAUUUGUACUCGGAUUUAGGGAGGUGGGACGAGUCGAGGAUGGUGAGGAAGAUGAUGAAAGGAACCGGAGUGAAGAAAAUGGCUGGUGAAAGCUCCAUAGAAGUUGAAAACAGAGUAUAUAGAUUCAUAUAUGGUGAUGUUUCGCAUCCUCGGGUCGAAAAGAUUCAUGAAUUUCUACAAGAGAUGGAUUUGCAAAUACAGAGUAAUGAAAUUUGA